AUGCAGAGUCCAGACGCAGACAUCAAUGCAGCAAGAAGAAGCCGUCACCUUUUUUAGUCUUUUAAUCUUUUAGUACCUGUUUACGGAUCCGUAAUCUAGACGCAAUCUCUACAGCAAUCGAAGCUUUGUACCGCUUUCUUGUCCCCCCCAAACUUGUUCUUACCAAAUCAUCUUGCAUGUCAGGCUGCCAGCGCAUCAACUCGAGAGACAUUCCCACACGACCAAGCAGCUUGCAACCCUUUGCCAGGGGCGGGUCUUCUUGUCCUAGAAUUAUCGAAUGGCUCUUUCGAAAAUCCUGUCGAACCACCACGGCCGGCACGCUUGCACGCUUGCACGCUUGGAACGCCUGCCUUUUCCCCCACACUCCUUGUUGCUUGCUACCUGCUACCUCGCUACCUCACCACUAACCCAUUGGUCUCCAAUUGCUCGUAAGCUCGAAAACCCACGUCGCCUAGUCUAGAAACGUUCAAGGCAACCCCCCCAAGGUUAUUCGACAACGUAGCCUUGGACAGAGAACCCUUGCUCGGCUCGACCUACCUACGCCCUCUAUUUGUCUUGUAUACCUACCUAUAUCUCUCAGCGCCUGAAUGUCAGGGUGAUGUCCAGAAGAUGCAGGAAGAGGAGGAACCCCUUGGUGCGACGUUGGCAGCCCAUAAUUUUGAAUCCCAGUCAAAUCUAAGUCCAACCAGACACCAACAGCAACAUAACUAUUACCACCAAUAUAACCAGCAAGAACACCAGGAACAGCACCAAUACUAUGCUCAUCUGAAUUCUAAUCCACCAGCCUUUGGCUCGUCCCACUACGACGAUUACGAUUACGACACCAGCCUCGGCCAGAACCCCGUGCUCCCUUCGUCAGAAUUCGCGUCCUAUGCCUCAAGUAACGUUCAAGCCGCCCAUGCGAACGCGACGAAUGUCGAGCCCGUGGCCGUCGUAGAUCCGGACGAUUUCUACAGAAAUUAUCGUGGCGCCCAUACGUCUGUGCCAGAUCCGGCCCACGACGAAUUGAUGGCGUCAACCUUGCCUCCCCCGAAGCAAGACCAAAAUCUUCCGUUGCGAUCAAACGGGAGUAGUACGGCUCCGAGGCACCCCGCUAAUUCUUCGACACGGCCCCGUGUAAGACCCAAUGUGCGCUCUGUAUCGGCCCCCAUCGAAGACAAACAAUCUAGUGGUACUUCAAAAUCGAGGACCGCAACCAACGCUACAUUUGGAGGCCGUACCGGACACCAGCCCAGUGUAAAGGAUUUAAAGAGAAGGUUUGACCAAAAUGUGGCACAGCCAAGCAGUUCCGCUUCUUCUAAGACCGUACCGCAUAUUCCAGCUAGAGACACAUCGUCAUCUCCCAGGUAUCGCCGAGUAAGUGGUCCUUCUUCGGCAAAUGGACAGGCGUCGUAUACGGCGUUGCGGUCGUCCGUGACGCGUGACUUCGACUCUGGAAAAGCAUCCUCGGCAGGAUCGCGAGCGACACAACGGAAUAAAUCGGUUCCUGAAGAUCAUGUAUCCAGUAACCCGCAAUCCUUUGCAAGCCGUAUAGCGAAGCCUCGUGUUUCGACCGGAUCUCACACUCAGGCAUCAAAAUCUGUAAAUAGUCUUUCACCCAUUUCGCCUAGCUCGAUUCCGCCACUUUCCCAGUCUCAUGGUCUUCUGUUCGGGGAGAUAGCGCCCGGUGAGCUGGAUACGGGGGCAGCAGGUUAUGGUAUCGAAGGUGUUCGGGCGAGACGAACUUCGGAUUCGAAUCUCCAUAAUCCGAAGGGUCUGCGCCAGCGAAGUUUUUCACACACUGAUGCUGAACCACCCUCGCCUAGUGACUGGUAUCGUAGUGCGAAUGGAAGCCCUGCGAUUCAUGACAACGCGGCGACAAAAGAUAUAAAACCUGCUAAGGCCCACAGCCGGUCGCGAAGCGACGUCGUUGGGACCAGGCCGGGCCCAACGCCGUCGCAAAACGCUCAAGCUUCGAACUCAAGACUCCACAAAGAUCGGGGCCCGCCAUCGACGACUUCAAGAUUGCCCGUUUCAGUGCGAAAACUCAAUAGCCCUUCAGGUUCUUCUAGUCCAACAUCGACACGAUCGAAUUCUCCGUCCACGUUGAGGCGCCCUGCUAUUCAAGGGAAGUCGUCCAAGUCAAUACCAUCCUCACGAGCGAAGACCCCCAGCAGCAGCUCUAGUUCUACGACGAGGCGGCCAAACCGUUUAGGUUCCAUAACUCCGAAUAACAAUACAAGACUUAACGCGUAUAUAUCAGCUCCUACCCCGAAAUUAUCCCCCACAUUACGAAGUUCCCGGCCGCGCCAACCGGUUUCCUCUGCAACUACGGCUAGCUCAAGAAUGAAGGCCGUCGAAAGAGGCCGGUCACCGUCACAUCGCGACACCCGAGGAGGCAUAAGAUUUAAUGAGUCAAACACGAGAAGGCGGAAGAUUUCGAUAGGCCCGAUCGACUUCGAGUCUCGAAGGGAACAGAUUAAAUUAUCUUAUACAAAGUCUAUCCGGGAGAGCGAGGCCCGGAUUGCGGCUAGGAAGGCUGCUGAUGAGAAGAAACGGAAGGAAGAAGCUAAGGCCAAGGCUGAAGAAGAGGCUAAAGCUGCAGCUGAAGAAGAGGCUAAAGUUGAAGCUGAAGAAGAGGCUCGACUAGCUGUUGAAACACAGCGUACAAAGGAAAGGGUCCAAGAGGAACCACGCGAAGAGAAUAUCCAAAGCCCAGCUGACAGCGAGGUACCGGCUCCAGAACAAGCGACGUUAACAAUUGCUACCAGUAUUGCACAGCCUAGUCACGGUAGCAUUACGGAAAUUUUGGGGAUAGGAGCAGUCGAGAAAGAUUCGCCGACACUCGGUAUACCCGGAAGUUUCCCAACUGCCGAAAACACAGAGGACCAAGAUGAAGCACCACUUUCAGCUAUCUCAAAUACUACUGAAUUUGAUGUCGAACCACAAAUAGACCCGCCAGUACAGGAAAUCCCCCUUCUACUGGAUGUCAACAAAGUCAGCGAUGAUAUCGAUUACUCUAAGUCAACGUACUCGAAAGCAGAAUAUCGAUCUCCUUUCGAAGACGAAUGUACUAGCAACGACCGCUUCUCAAUCAAUAUUUCGUUAGAUGCAUCGACAGAGCCAAACUUAUCACCUAAACAAAUUCCACCUGCUCUGAGCGAAACUCAAAAGCACCAUGGUAUUCCAGGUUCAUAUCAGGACGACGAUGAUGAAGAAGAAUAUUCUUUACAGCCACUUCCAUCUGAACCGUAUCACACGAAGGUUACAAUAAUUGGUCGUGAUUCGGACUUUCCACUUCCAGAGCAUGGCCUAGGCGAGCCAGCAUAUCCCACCUUCCAAAGUAACCAAGAUUCCAGUGACAUUAGCUCGCAACUCAAACCACCUGAUUUAUCCCGCAAAAUUUCCUACAAUAGUGACCAGGGCGGCCCGAGUGUUGGACUGACAGAGAUCGAAGAGUACUUCGUCGGCCCGCUCAUAAAGGGUCCCACAGCAACUAUCUCCCGAAGUUCUAGCCCCAAGGCAGUGGAAGAGAAUGGUAUAAAUAGCCAGGAACAACAGACCAUAGAAGAUUCACGUUUCUCCACAGAGUCACGAAGGACUCUAGGCACAGCUCCAAGCCUUACAAUACCGAGAACAUCGGAUUCGAUGAAUAGAGCGAGCCAAACCACGGUCUGGACUGACUACUCGAUCAAUAGCCAUGAAGCAUACUCCGACUACGAGCUGCGGAACCGAGACGUACAAAAUCGUGACUCAACUUAUCGUGAUGACGGUUCAGUAUCAGGGUCUAGUUCUUUGUCACAUCAUUAUCAAUACGGACAAGACCCAAGCGAGAUGCCUCCUUGCAGUCCCGAGAUGCCCUGCAAUGAACCUCAAGACGCUGAGCCAGUGCAUUGCAUUCCACUCCAGCUUCCCAAACUGAACACUGGUGAUGGAUUUACAGUCGACUAUGCCGAACAUAAAGAGGGCACCAUCCCCGUUAUUCCAGACCACUCUCCGCCGCCGCCCCCUGAUGAGGGAUCGUUACGCGAGUUCCCUAGGUCUGAAGUGCAAAGCGAAUACUUCGAUAAUACAAGACCUAAUAGCUAUGCCCAAGCUGGAAAGGAUGACCGAAGUAUCUUCUCCAUUGAUCCUUCAAGGCAGAGUGAAGACUACGACCCAUCAGAAUCGGGCUCACGGACGAACUAUAAGGGCUCCCUUGAAAUUACCGAAGGGUUUCCAGCUCGUACAGUUCUGUUAGAUAGUCAACAAACGCUAGCCGAAAGUAUUGAUCAAGGCGAAGAUAGCGUAGGACUUUCGACGGGAGAGAGAAAGCGAUUAUUCACUCGUCUUCAGACUAUCAAGGAGCUAAUCGACACUGAAGCAUUUUUUAUAAGAGAUAUGAAUAUUGCUGAGGAGAUUUACAAGGGGACGGCCGAAGCUUGCCCCAGACUUGAUGAUCAGACGAUCAAACUAAUUUUUCGCAACACCGACGAGAUAAUUAGAUUCCAUUCUGGCUUUCUAGCCGAGCUUAAGGCGGGCGUCUCUAACAUCUAUACGCCCAAAGGCCACCGUACACAACUCCCGAAGGAAUCUUCUACUCCUCCUGACAGCACAUCUCCCUCGGUGACCACCACUGCUACAGGUCACCUGAACGACGAGAGAGACCGGCAAUCAUCUGUUGGGCCGAUUUUCAUUCGAAACAUGGAGAAAAUGAAAGAAGUGCAUGAAACUUUCCUGAAAAAUAGCGAUCACGCUGCAAAACGGCUGAUCCAGAUUCAGGAGGACCCCACGGUAAAAGUGUGGUUGGACGAAUGCAACGCGGUUGCCAGAGACCUAACUAAGGCGUGGAAUCUGGACUCCCUCCUUAUCAAACCAAUGCAAAGAAUUACGAAAUACCCAACUCUCCUUAUUCAGCUGCUUCACGAAACGCCAGCAGAUCAUCCGGACCGCCCAUUCCUUGAAUCCGCUAAAGUCGGUCUAGAACAUGCAAUAGAAGAAAUCAAUAAAACGAAGAAGAAUUUCGAAUUAGUCGGGCAGAUAGUUAGUAGAAAACGCAAGGACUCUGAUGUCAGAGCUGGCCUUGCUAGAGCUUUCGGCAAGAGGGUAGAUAAGCUGCAAGCCACACAUAAGCCUGCGGAAGACCCGGAAUAUCUGAAGCUUCAUGAGAGAUUUGGCGACGACUACCUUCGACUACAGGUUGUUUUACGAGAUGUUGAGUUCUAUACGAGACAGGUCACUGAAUACGUCCACGAGUUUUUACAAUACUUGUCUUCGAUGGAGCUUGUUAUGCGGCUUCAGCCGUCGCCUCACCCUGAGAUCGAAAGCAAAUGGGUCCGCUUCAAUGUGUCUAUGAGAGACAUCGAAAAAGUUGCUCUAGAGGAUCAUCUCUCCAAAGUGAGGAAACAAGUUAUUGAGCCUUUCGAGCUUGUAAUCAAGUCAUACGGCAAUCCGUUACUUGCUAUGAAAAAGAGGGGCAAACGUCGAAUAGACUAUGAGAAAUCAGUCCAACUGAAGAAGAGCGGUAAGAAAAUUGACAAGCAGCUCUCCGAAUGCGCCGAGCAAUACGAGGCCUUGAACGAAGCAUUGAAAAAGGAACUUCCUGUACUGUCUGCGUUGACAGAAAAGGUUGGCAAAAUUUGUCUAGCCAACUUCGUCAAUAUACAAGCCCAAUGGUUCGCUAUUUGGAAGGAAAAGGUCAAGGUGGUGCUCGACAACCCCGAAGUGCCAGAAAUCGUCGACAUCGUAUCUACAUUCCAGCGCGAUUACAGCUUUCAAGAUGAGCAAAUCAACACACUUGGCAUUGUGAAUCCGGCUUCGAAAGGCCGCCCUUCCCAGUCGACUAGCACCGACGAGUCCUUUGCGCGACUUCGCUUAAGGCCUGCUGACCUUUCACCUCGAGGCCGAGGAUUGUCUUUGAACAAUGGGGAUAUAGCUCCUACUUUGCCUACACCAGAUUUCAUGAAACGUCAUAGCGGCCAAUUUACCAUCUCUCCGACUACUGCUUCCCUCCCAAGCCCUCAUCAAUACUAUUACCGCGACUACUACGGCGGAAUUAGCGCACAAGGACGUCCGGGGUCUGGCUCGCCUCAUACCCCCGACUCUUCUGUGAUUUCCCGUCCCUUGGGACAAAUACCUGUACGACCUGGAACUGGUCAGAGUUACGACUCGACCAGUGCUCCAAGGCAAAGUCUGGAAUCGGGUGCACAUACGAGAGCUUACUCUAAUUCGAUACAACCGUCUCCACAUCAAUCAGCCGAGAACCACCGUUAUUCGGGUCUCUUCCAGUCUGCACUUCCGCCAUCCGACAGUCAAGAACGUCUCCCACGGCCAUCUCAAGCGUCAUCUCGAGCUUCUUCUCGGGAGCGGAAGCACAUCAACGGAUACAAUGUCUUAUGGCUAGCGGCUUCUCUAUUUGAAUUUAACAUCGAAACCACCAAACACGAAGCUGGGUACCCUUAUUUGACGUACCAGGCAGGAGAGGUAUGUUAUAUUGUGACGUAGCAGUUGAGAGCCAUUACUGAUAUAAGAAUGUAUAGAUAUUCGAUGUCAUAGCCGAGAAGGGCGAGUUAUGGCUUGCCAAAAACCAGGACGACCCCAGCAACCUAGUUGGAUGGCUAUGGUCUAAGCAUUUUGCCAAGCUAGCAGACGACUAGGCUUUUGUAGCCUCUUUAUAUCAGAAUAUCCCCACAUCUGGUCGAACUUGGGUCGUAUUGCCUUUGACGACAUUGCGAAUGCUGAAUUCCUUAAUUUCUAGGCCGACCUAAGUCUUUUUUUU